AUGUGGGAGUUCAUCUACUCCAUCAGCAUCGCCCUCUACCUCGUCGGCAACUACGUAGAGUGGAGGGACAGCAUCUUCACCCUCGUCUACGACGCCUCCUCGCUGUGGCUGUGGCUGUCCUCCCGUCGGCAGAUCGGCGACGGCGGUGCAUCUUUCUCGUCGUCGCGGGCGACGACGAGGAAGCGGGCGCUGGCGGACCACCACAACUCGACGGCCAUGUGGACGCCUCCCGGCUCGUCCGAGAUGAAGCUGCGGACCAGGGCGCUGUUCGCGCUCGGCCCCGUCGCCGCGCUGCCCUACCGGACCUACCAGGGGACUCAGGUGCACAGCCACCUGCGGUACAUGACCGGCCUCCCGCCGCCCGCGUCCUCGCCCGAGGCGCUCGUCUCCAUGAGCCUGCACACGCCGCUCUCCUUUGCCCGGGUCGUCCGCGACUUUGUCGCCCUCAAGUGCAGCGAGAACGGAAGCGGCGGUGACCACGACGGGCACCGGUUCUUCGUCUUCCACCCGGACACCGCCUGGGUGGGCGCCUUCCAGCGGCUGCACGACGUCGAGGGCCCGCUGCCGCCCGAGUUCGCGGGCGUCGCGCACAACCUGUUCGUGCUCGCGCGCUGGAUGCUGUGCGAGCGCGUCGCGCUGGUCCAGGCGCUGGGCGACGACGCCGGCCGCCGUGUGCGCUUCCACGUGCUCGUCCCGACCACGGAGACGCUCGUCGUCCCGCAGCCGUUCUGCCUGGUCGAGGCGCUGCUGCCGCUGACCAUCGAGGGGCCCAUCAGCAAGGGACAUCCGCUGGUGUGGUUCGCCGUCGCCGCCGCCGGGUCGUCCACGGCGGCGCCGAUCAUGCGAGACGUCGGCGCGAUCCCGCCGCCGUGCCCCGAGGUGGCCGAGGGCAAGGCCUUCGUCGCCAUGUGUCUGCUCUGGAUAGCGGCCUCUCCUCUGCUCCUGGCCGUCUGCAAGAUGCUCUGCUUCGCGCAGCUGCCGUUCUACGUGGCGCUCGCCAUGUCGCUGCUGUUUCACGGCUUUGCGCUGAAUCUGACACUCUGGCUGAAGCGGCAUGUGUGCGAGUAUUAUAUGCGAGAAGACGCCCCCAUGAUGCUUGGGUAG